AUGAGACGUACAAUUUGGCGAAUAGUCUGGCAGUUUUUAUUCGGUAAAAAAUCUCAACUAACUGAUGAACAGGUGGAUAAUAUUUUAGAGGAUAUCGCUUCAAACAACUUAGAGAACCAACUCUUUCAAACACGACAACUUCUACCCUGGUUUUUCGUGGAGAUUUUUAGGCGUAUACCAUUUGCAAGACAUUUAUUUAAAGUUGAGCAUAUACUCAAAAGACACAAAGCUGUUCGACGGGAAAUUGACAGCAAUACAGGUGAACUGUCAAAUACAAAUUCGCUGUUUGGACUACUAACCAAUGAUGCGAAAUUGAAUUUAACAAAGAGUGAAAUUUCACGUCUUUCAUAUGAAUUAAUGGCAGCUGGCACAGAUACAACAUCCUUGACACUUACUUGGGCAUGUGAUUAUCUAUCAAGAGCUCCACCACAAGACCCAUUCAAUUUGAGUCCCGAUGUCAUUGAUAUGGUGCAUCGUUGGGCGAGUGUAGUUCCAUUGGCACUACCUCAUUUGGUGCAUGAAUCAUUUGAAAUCAAUGGAUAUUGCAUACCGAAAUCGUCUAUUCUGAUAUAUAAUCUUUAUGCUGUGCACAACACACAACUGAGGAGAUUGACUAAUAAGGAGACGAAGCCGAAAGAUACGAAACAGAGUGAUACGCCGAUCCCAUUUUCCCUCGGUGCUAGAGCAUGCCCUGGUUUUCGUUUGGCAAAUACAUUAAUUGAAAAAGUUCUGACGGCAAUCAAUCAAGAGUUUAUAAUUCAACACUUUGUGCAACCGCCAAUUGAAACAACCAAUCCAAAGGAUCAAGAAAGUCUCUCACCCUUUGGAUUAACAAGAGUUCCAUACAAAUCUUUAUAUCUAUUUUUCACUCGGACAAAUGGACCGAGAAGAACAAGUAACUGA